CGUGCGGAGAAGUGCAAGCACGCGACUUCAGCCACGUGCACAGAUGCGUGUGUUACUUCUAGCGGCAGUAGCAAGGAAUAGAAUGGGGGCAGGCUGGAGUUCUGCGUACGACAUCACCGCCCUCGUGCUGCAGUUGUACGGCUUCCUACUGGCCGACGACUCCAUAGACCAGGCGGUCGGCCGCGCCAUUGAGCGGCAGCGCGAGCCCCUGCCGCGCCCUGAGCAGGAGCAGCAGCCGCAGGAGCAGCCGCAGGAGCAGGUGGAGCAGGAGCAGAGGCGGCACCAGCGGUUGGGCCCGCCCGCGGAUGGCGGCGGCACCGCCGCUGCCGGGCAGCCGCAGCAGCUGCGGGUGGCCUACGGCCUGACCUGCAGCUGCGGCUUCCAUGACCGGCCGCGCCUGCGGCUAGCCAGCAGCCCGCCGCCAGGGGUCGUGGCAGUGCCAGUGGCCGCCGCGACGGGCGCUGGCGUGGAAGAUGCGGCCAUGUCCGAUGCGGCCGCCGCUGCGGACCCCGCUGGCCUAGGGCGCAACGGUGGUGGCGGCGGCGGUGAGGUCGUAGCGGGCGGUAAGGAGGCAGCGGCGGACGGCAAUGUGGCAGCCUGCCGACUGCCUGACCUCCCGAUGGAGAUCAUCCACAAGAUCUUCACACACGCCGACUCCGGCACUGUCAGCAAGGCCGCCGCCGCCGCCGCCGCCGCCACAACCACUGCUGCCGCCGCCGGUGACCAGCCGCCGCCGCCCGCCAAGCGCGCGCGCAUCCGCUGGUCCCCGCCGCCCUCCACCUCCCCUGCCCCGCCUGCCGCCUCCGCAGCAGCAGCCGCUGCCCCGGACGCUGCCGCCGCUGGUCCGGCACUGGGCGCGGCGCCGGCGGGCGCGGCGGCACACCUGAUGCUGCUGUCGGACGCGGCCCUGCGCGCCAAGCAGGAGGCUGAGCUGAUCUGCUUCUUCCGCAAGGCGCCGCCGGCAGCCGCCACCUGGGUCAGCCGCCGCCAGCCGCCCGGGGCGGCUGCUGGCGUCGGCGGUAACGACAGCAAGGCUAACGGCGGUGAUGGUGGCAGUGGCGGCGCAGCAGGCGCCGCCUCAUCGCGCCAGCCUGGCGGCAGCCGACCCGCAGGCGGUGGCGCAGGUGGCGGCGCUGCCGCCAGUAUCGACCCCCUGGAUGACGUGUUCGGCGGCGGCUACGACCGGCGCGGCAGCGGCGGCGGCGGCGGCAGCGGCGGCGGCGCCAUACCGCCCGAGCUUGACGUGCUCGGCGUGGGCGUCAGCGUGGAGUUGCACGACCGCAGCGCCAGCCUGCGGCGCCUGUCCAUGACGCACGACACGCUGUCGCUGGCGGCCUUCGCGGCCGACGGCGUGCGGCGCUCCGCCUGGAACCAGCCCUUUGAGGCCUUCCUGCCGCUGGCGGUCAACGCGCCGCACGGCCGCGCCGCACUGCGCGUGCUGCGCCACAGCGUGGCGGCCAUGCUGCGCCUGCCGCACGCGCGGCACGUGCGUGCUGAGCACCUGCUGGACGUCGUGGCCCGCCUCAUGAACAGCCUGGUGGUGGACAUCUGCACGCCGCCCAAGAAGAAGGAGGGCGGCGGCGAGCCGGAUCUGGAUCCGGAGAUGGCGGAUGAUCCGUUCCUGGAUUGGCAGGGCCGGCGGCAGCAGGAGCGGCCGGUGCCGAGGCACAUGUCGGACGCGGCGCUGCAAUCCUUCUGCCACCUGCACCACCUGCUGCUUACCCUGGUGGUGGAGGGCGGCAGUAGCGGCGAAGGCGGCAGCAGUCCUGGCAGUGGCUGCAGCGGCGGGGGCGGCGGCGGCGCACUGGGGCGGGCGGUGCUCGAGGCGGCGGCGCGCGACGUGUCUGAAUUCAUCACGCGCCCCGAGGCGCGGCGGAAGUCGUCCUGCCCGGACCUGGGGCUGCUGCUGGUGAAGUAUCUGUUGGUGCCGCGCGACGCCGCGCCCUGGGCCGCCUUCGCGCCGCCCUUCCUGCGCGAACUGCUGGCGCGGCAGGUGCGCUGGGUGGUGAAGGGCCUGGCGGAGGAGCUGCCGCAGCCGCCGCAGGCUGUGGGAGGAGGAAGGAGCGGCGCGUCGGCGCGGGAGGCGGCGCGGGAGGCGGCGCGGGAGGCGGCGGCGGCGGCCGCCGCCGCCUUCGAGCGGCCGUGGGAGGGCGGCGGCGACCUGCGCUACGCGCAGCGCCUGCUGGCGAGGGGCGGCGGCGAGGGAGCGGCGGCGGCCGCGGCCGCGGUGGCGGCGGACGCGACACGGCUGCGUCAGCACUUUGAGCACGCGCGCACCAGCCUGUCGCUGGUGGCACUGCAGGCGUUCUUCGCCAACCACCUCGCCCGCCCGUCAAGCUCCGCCGCCGCAAUGCAGCAGCUGGCGGCGAUCAAGGCGUCGUACGACGCGCGCAACGGCCAACCGCCACCGCCCGUCUUCGACGCCUUCAACGCGCACGCGCGCUCCGUCAUCGCGCAGCGCGGCUGGGGGGACUUCCUGAGCGCCGUACGCAUGGGCGUGUCGGCGGAGGCGGUGGCGGCGGUGGCGGCGGUGGCGGCUGUGGGGGGCGGCGCGGGCGCAGGCAUGGGUGGCAGGGCCGCCGCCGCGUCUGGCGGCGCAGGAAGCAAGCGCGCCGCCCCCACGAUGGCCGUGCCAAGCGCAACCGCGACGGUUAUGGUUGGUGAUGUGGCGCGCGUGAUGGCGGACACGCUGCGUCAGGCGGUGGUUGAGGCGCACCGGGCGGGGUAUCAGCAGGUCCCCGACGGUCGCGGGAGCGGUGGCGGUGGCGGUCGCGACGGCCGGGGCGGGUACGGUGGCGGCGGUGGCGGGAACAGAUGGGACCGGAAGCCGGCGGUGCCAAGUCGGCCGCCGCGGCACGUGCAGUUUGUGGACUGGGACGGCCCCACGCCGCCGCUGGUGGUGGUGGGCUCGGAGUGGUAGGGGGACAAGCUGCAGCUGGUGAAGCUGGCGAUGGCUGCUGGUCGUGCUGGCUGAUCGUGCUGGCUGAUUGCAUGCAUGUAGUCCGUCAAGGUUGGUGGCUGAUGAGGUAGUAAUUCGCAUGCAUUCGGAGGCGACAUCGUGCAAGCUCUUGUCAUAGCUGAUGUCGCCAAGCGGUGGGGCUGGUCAAGUGAGUCUGGUGACGGGAUGCCACAACGUACCACAUGCGAAGCUGCACGCAGUGCCUGUCUGUAAUACAACCGGGAC